CAUGAGAGGGGAGGACCUACCGGCGUCCACGCGAGCCUCCAUCAAGCUUAAUGAAGCAGUUUCACUUAAAUCCACAUUCGGAUUAGUUGAAUAAAGCGGAGCUGUUCUCUUUAGGUAACCUGUCUGCUACCUCAGUCCAUGCACCACUAGUGGACGUCUCUCCAGUACCAGCAGUUUUCCUGUUCAUGGACCCUCACAAUAACUGGACACUUGGCUGCCUAUAGCGAAUCAAAGAUUUUUGAAGAACAUACGUGGGAAUACUCUAGCCUAAGAGAGCACCAGCUCUAUUUACCUCGUAAAUCACAACGGAGUAGGGUACUCCGGGAAUCCAGCUCAUCGCUGACUCAAGGCCAGCUCCGGUGUGCGGCAGCCAGAAAACUAGACUUCGGAGUUUCGAGCUGAGCGACCCAAAACGCCGUCACCAUGCCGAGUAUGCGACAGUCCUACACGGUCACCGUGCCCGAGGAACCGCCGGCGGCCGCUUUCCCUUUCCACAAACAGGACAUACGUAGAAAGAGCCCGCAGAUCUCCAGGUCGAUGCUCGUGUCUACAUUCGUCGGACUUCUCAUUAACCAAGCCAAGAACUCCAAGAAUGCCCAGGGCCUAGUUGGACUACGGAAUCUUGGCAACACAUGCUUCAUGAACUCCAUCCUGCAGUGUCUGAGUAACACCCACGACCUGCGAGACUACUGCCUGAGGAACUGCCACCUCACUGACCUCAACAAGAGCUGCAGGGCCAAGGCUGCCCUCAUGGACGAGUUCGCCAAACUGACUCAGACCCUCUGGACGUCAGCGGGCAAUGAGGCGAUAAGCCCGUCCGACUUCAAAACGCAGAUCCAGAAGUACGCUCCACGCUUCGUUGGCUACAAUCAGCAGGAUGCUCAGGAGUUCCUGCGGUUCCUAUUGGACGGUCUGCAUAACGAGGUUAACAGAGUGGUUGGGCGGCCGCGGGUACCUGUGGAGGACUUCGACCACCUCUCAGAUGAGGAGAAAGGAGAGCGCAUGUGGAGCAAGUAUCUGGAGCGGGAGGACAGCAAAGUGGUCGAUCUGUUUGUGGGACAGCUGAAGAGCUCGCUGACUUGCAAUGAGUGCGGCUUCUGCUCCACCGUCUUCGAUCCGUUCUGGGAUCUGUCUCUGCCCAUCCCUAAGAAAGGUUCCAGUGAGGUGACAUUGACUGAUUGCAUCAGACUUUUCACGAAGGAAGAUGUUCUCGAUGGAGAUGAGAAACCGAUAUGCCAGAGGUGUAAAUCCAGACGAAAAUGCACAAAGAAAUUCACAGUCCAGAAGUUCCCCAAAAUCCUCGUGCUUCAUUUGAAGCGUUUCUCCGAGCCGGGACGUGUGAAGACUAGCAAGCUGUCCACGUUUGUCAACUUCCCCCUCAAAGAGCUGGACCUCAGAGAAUUUGCGUCCGAGAACAGUGCAACGGCUAUCUACAACCUGUACGCAGUAUCUAAUCACAUAGGGACGACGCUGGGAGGACACUACACGGCCUACUGUCGCAACCCCGUCCUUGGGGAGUGGCACUCAUACAACGACUCCAGGGUCAGCCCCAUGUCUUCCAGCUCAGUUCGCAGUAGUGACGCCUACGUGCUAUUCUACGAACUGGCCACCUCAUCGCGCAUGUGAGCAAGCUUGGGGGGGCUACUGUACCAGGCUGGGCCCUCAAGGCUAUUGGGACUUCCUCACGAGCCACCAGCCUCUAUCUCUGACUCCCCCCAGCCCCAGCUCUCAGCCUAGGCCCCAAACUGAUGGACUGAAGCCUAUUGAACCAGCUACAGUUUGCUACUAUGAUGGAGCAGAACUAUCCGGAGCUUUCUACUGUUCUACAGUAAAAGCUCUUACUCUGGGACUCCCAAACUUAAAUCCAAGGCCUCAAUGACAAUGAGCAGCAAUGUGUCUGUCUCAGGCACAUGAGAGACUCUUAUUUUGGGCUGCUGGUACUCUGAACUACGUGCUACUACUACUUGACUGGUCGUGUCUUCUUCUCUCUUCACUCCCUUCCACACUCCUAGUCGGAGGCCGUCAAUGCUCUGACACUGAGGGAGAUGAGGACCAAGGAACCCUCUGUUUUCUCACCUGGGGACACACUAGAGCAACUAGUCUGGACCACCGGUCCGAUGAACAAGCAGGACAGUGAAUGUGUGUGUGUGCGUCCGUGUGAGUGUGUGUGUGUGUGUGUGUGAGUGUGCCGGUGUUUGUGUCUACUGACUUUUUAUGUUGACUAUCUCUAUGCACUGUGCAAGAGGAGCGCUUAACAGCACAGCUUGGCCAUGCUAAGUGUUUGGUUGAGUAAAUGCCUUGUGGCUAAAGCUGAUGGCUCAGCUCUCCCCUCCUCGUCUAAUUUAUCUAAUUAUUUAAUGCUGCUUGUCGUAGCACUUUUUGUUUAUUGUUUUGUUUUGUUUUGUUUUUUCGUUUGAAAAACCCUCACUGUGGCACAAUAGAUUGUCUCCUUACUCCCCCUGGUGGUGAAACCCUGGCGCAGGUCAGUCAGAUAACUAACAAAAGCAAACACGAACAAAAAUGAAUCUUUUUUUAUUCAUAUUGCACUAGCUCAGAGAUUACCUGUACUACUACCAUAACAAAGAUGUCAUUACAAAGCCAGCAAACCGGAUGCAUCUGUACUGCACUGUACUGUACGUUACGGUACUGUACUGUACUGUACUGUAAAGAUAUCUAUAGUGUACUGUACUGUACGUACAGUACCGUGGUGUGUAUGUGGUUUGAACAAACAGCCGCAGGUUUGGUCGCGUGACUCGUGUCUGGUAGUCCUUGAAGACCAUAAUAAUGAAGCAGGGCCUGCACCUGAGGGUUCCCUUGGGAAACAAGUCCACACAACACAGCGCAGCGCGGGCUGGCUGGCAUCUAAUUGCCCUGAGAGUGCCUCAGUAUCCACCACCGUCCCGUUCCCUUUUCCUUCUCAUCAUCAAAGCAACUUGUGGAGACUGGAAUAAGUACUGUGGUGUCAUAAGUGAAGUAUUUUUUUGUGGGCUAAACUAUUUAAAUGUGGGUACCCUCGAUUUCAACAAUAAGGCAAAGUGCAAAAGUGUGAAGACUUAACAUGAUGGGGCUGGAUGAAAUGGGGUUUUUUUCUAUAGAGAAGGAAAAUCGUAUUGUUCUCAUAUCUCAAUAGGAUGGAUAUUGUUGUUGUCACUUGUAUUGGUUGAAUUUGCACUUUGCCUGUUGUUUUAGUUUGGGGCCUGAAAUGUUUCAUGACGAUGUGGUGUCACUCAUGAAGGUGUUGGAAGCUGCAAAACCUUCUUGACUUUAUUUUGAGAAGUCACUAGUGUAUGUAUAUAAAAUUAAAUUGAUCUAU